AUGAGGAUCCAUUACCUUCUCUUUGCAUUGCUCUUCUUGUUCUUGAUGCUGUUCCCAGGCAAUGGAGGAAUGGUAAAGGCAGUACAAAAGUAUUAUUACAAAGUAAAAAAUUGUCGGUAUGAUGCGCCUGGCUGCCUUACAAGGGAGGAACAGAUCGGCCACUGUUCUCUGGGAUGA